AUGGCUUCGUGCUCGACGACACCAUUUGACAAUCUCGGCAAAAGAGUAAAUGCCGACAGAUCACACCAUCUUGAUCAGUUUACUGCACAGCGUGGUCCACAGGGACUACGCCAGGGCAACAACGCGAAUGCCAAUGCGCAGUUCGCACAAUUUGCAGCAGGUGGCCAGGGCCUGAACGAUUUCCAAGUGGGACCCUCUCCUCACGGCUUCAGCGCUAUGCAGCCCACUCAGAGGUUACCUCCGGGUGCAAAUGCCGACUGGGCUAACCAGUUUUCCAGGGAAAAAUCUCGGUUUGCCGCUCUCGAGCAGUUCGAUGCCAUGUUUUCUAAUCACUUCCAGGAGCCUGCACAACGACAUGGCGACCAUACCCAUAUCCCGUUGGAUCAACUGAAGUUUGUGACACCAAUGCUGCAGCCUCGGAUGAUGACCCCCGAGCACUUGGCUCAAAUACGAAUGAAUCAGCCACACGCCUCGGUUGCCCAGGUAAACGGCCAAGCAUUUGACCAAGCCUUUGCAGCUGCUGAGGCGCAGAUCAAAAACCUGGAAAUCAAUGCAGAGCCUGAGUCCGAACAAACAGCCCCACCAGAUGUGCAGACCCACGAGGGUAUGCGGGACGCCGCAGCCAGCAUCCUAAAAACGGUUGCUAACAGCGAGAUUGACGACCCUACGGUUCAGAAAAUGCGAUCUACUAAAUUCAUGUCUCUCAUGGAAAAGCUCAAGUCUGAAGAAGUCAAAAUUGGACAGGAUAACGAGAGCUUCGUCACCCAGGAUGGAGACAGUGUAAAAAUCGAAGACAUGGAAGAUGAGUCCUCUGAAAUCCCCCGCCCUCGUAACGGUGAAACCGGCCCAGAGUAUGUGGACCGUGUUUAUGAUCAAUUACGCAUGCAAGCGGGUGGGCCACGACAUGGUGCUCCUAGAGGACAAGCUCCCUUGGAAGACCCCUUUGUUUAUCUGGACCGCAUCAAGACUACACAACCUAUUAUCAAUUCUCAGCCUGGUGCAGGGUCUUCGUACAAUAUUCCUGACAAUGCUAAUACAGCCACCCCGCAAGAAGAACGAACUGCGAUUCCGAGUCCGUUUGAAGCAGCUAACCUUUAUGGCCCGGGCGGUAUGUCCAUAGGCGAUUGGGAAGAGCACUAUGACGACGCAGUUUGGGUUCCAGGAAACGAGCAAUUACAUUAG